AUGUCAUGGGUUGACUGCUUUGUGGCAGCUAAAAUUGAUCCCUAUGUCGUUUUCACUGUGAAGACCCAGGAGAAGAAAAGCAAUGUGGCCAAAGGGCAAGGAAAUGAAGCAGAAUGGAAUGAAAGCUUUUUGUUUACAGUCUCGGAGGAUGUUUCAGAGCUUCGUUUGAAAAUAAUGGACAAAGAUACCUUUACUGCAGACGACUUUGUUGGGGAAGCAACCAUUCCUUUAGAGCCAUUGUUUGCUGAAGGAAGCCUUCCACCAACUAUGUACAAUGUUGUCAACAAGGACCGAGAUUAUCACGGAGAGAUCAAAAUUGGACUCACAUUCACUCCCGAGCCUGAGAGAAGCAACUUUCGUUCCAGAGACUAUGCUGCUGAGGAGAACUAUGGUGGAUGGAAAGAAUCAUCUUUCUAG